CGCCGAUUCAGUUUUGUGUUAUUCGUCGGUACGAUUGGACGCGUCUUGUAAACGGUGGUCGCGCCGCUGCUUGUCGCGCGUUUUUUCUCAAAUACAAACACAAUUUAUUCAAUAAUUCAGAAAACAGAAAUAAAUCUCAGAUCUGCUGAGUUGCAUGUGAACAGGUGCGGCAGUUGCAGUCAAGUUAUGGCACUUAAACACAGCGUGCAACAAAUGCGAUUAGUGCCGACACGAAAACAGUGAUAUGUGCAACUAACGAAGAAUACUACAAAUCGCUGUGGCAUGUUAAUUGUGUGGCAGACACAACUGCUUCUUUGCUUGCCCGCAGAUGACAGUGAUUUUGGUGCAGUCAAUCCUUGCAAAAUAUUCCAAUUUGUGUUUUUCUGGCCAAUUAUGAAAAGUUAAAGAAAUUUGUGGAAAUAUUUGUUUGUCGAAUUGUGUGGCAAGAGAGUGUGAAACCGCCAUAAAACGCUACAGCAGCGGCUACGUCACACGCCGAAAUUCGUGUGGCAGCUGCGUGUGUAUCUGGCAGUUCGGUCAAAGAACACGAAAAAUUUAUCCGAAAGCAAAACAUGACAAAUUCAUCAAAGGAGAAGUGAAUGAAAAAUAUUGGCCAGAAAAUGAAUGCUCGUGAAUUGAGAAUUGUUUGAAAGCAAGAGAUUUCAAUAUUUAUCUAGUGUAACUAUGAAAAAGUGAGUUAUUAACGAAUUUAAGCGAAACGAAUUCAAGCAAAGAAGUAACGAAAAGCAACUUAACUCGAGGGAAGGUGGCGUGCAAAGCAGUGACGUCUUUACUCAGAGGAUCCUGGCAGCAGGCAGCGAAAUAAAGAAAUGCCAAAUAUGAAUGGUGUUAAGUGUUGUUGUACUUGUGAUGCUGUAAGCGCAACUGAAAAUCACUGGAAAAUGUUUUGACCGCUGCCUGUACGCGUUGCAAAUAAACACACGCACACUUGCACACACACAUCAUUGGUCGCGUGCAAGUAGAGCGCGGAGUACACCCUUUUUAAGCAGUAAAUAAUAUUUGCUUUCCAUUAAAUCGAAAUGCGUCAAAACGGCGGUUGACAAACGCUCGCACGAGGGCGCACUUGCCGUAAUUUGCAGCGGGAUUUCGCGCGGCUGCUGAAGCGCGGAACGCCGCGUCGACAUUCGAAAGAGCCAACAGCGGAGGAAUAAUUAGUAAUUCAGAAAAAGGACGAAAAUGGAAUAAUAACACAACUUUUAAAAACAAAGUGCAGCGCUUGCGGAAAACUGAAUCCAACACAUAUGCAGCGUGACAUAAUUAAAGCACACACACAAACACACCCAUGUGCGCUGACACAGCGACACUUCUGUGCGUCUUCGCAAGCGGUUGGCGUAGAAAAUCGCGAAUUUUCCGCAUUUAAUUGCUGCGAAUCCACGCUGAGACAGCGAAAUUUAUGUGAAUUAUUUCGCAACGAAAUAAGCGAGCAGUAAAUUUUAAAACAACAAAAACGGCAAAGAAAACAAAAAUAAAAACCAAAAACAAUAACAAUAACAUACUUACUUAAUUACAAUUAUAAUAAGGCGCGAACGUAUGCGAAUAGGGAAGUGUAAAACGCGUGAAAACGAAACAGUGAAAGAUACUUUUGGCGGGCGACGAACGGCGAAUAGCGUACGGGGAUUGGCGAGUUUUUAAUUCAACACGCCCAUGCCCGACUUUUUAUUAUUGUUGCCAUAAGUAACAUUAAUUGUAAAUGCGAAGUUAUAAAAAUAAAUAACGAAAAUUAAUUGAAAUCAUUUUAAAAGCAAAAUUCGCACAGACGCGCGAUACGAAAAAGCUGAAGGGCGAAAACAAUAACCAGAUAAAAAAAUAAGCUACAAAAAAACAAACGCCAAAAUGACUAUGAAAUCAAUGAAAUACUCCGAUUGUGAUACGAUCAUGGAUGGCUAUAAUCCGGUGCCGCCUCCACUACCGCGACGCGUACCGCCCGUGCGAAACAUCUACGCCGAGCCAUUUGCACACGAGCCCAAUCACUCUAGCAGAUUGGGUUCAAUGCCGGGCGGGCAUCAACAACAGAUGGCACAAAGUAUGUCAACAGGCAACAAUACGUUGGGUCACAGCGGCAUUGAUCGGGGCGGUGGCGGCGGUGUGCCUGGUGGUGGCGGUGGGCCGGGCAUGAAUGGGCCCGGCGGUUCGCAUUGCCAGAUGAGCGGCUCACAACCACUGGUAAUGCCUGGGUUCCCAUUGCGUAACUCACACUCAGCGCACACCCCACACUACUCACCAUAUUCACCAUCCAGGUUUCACAUAGAUAAGCGCUGCCAGCACCGAUGUUCCUGGAAAUGUUUGAGUAUCGCCUUAAUACUAGUAACAGUCGUCCUAAGCGCCAUGUUGACCUACUUUGCAGCUGUCAGUUCGAUGAAGCCCAACAUGGACUCCACAAAUUGCAUCCUAGUCCAAGAUGUCAAGUCGCAACCACACGACUUGCACGGCAAUAUGAAAGCGAGUGGAAGCAGUGGCAGUGGCGGGCAGUUACCGACCGCCUAUCCCACAGAGGAAUCGAUACAAACGAGCACAUCGGACCAUAGUGGCACCAGCACCGGUUACGGCGGCAUGCAGAACUCGGCGCCGUCGCUGCAGCUCCAACAGCAGCAGCAAUUGCUCCUGCAGCAACAGCAACCGCACACUAUCAACCACCAACAAACACUGGCUGGUGUUCCGCAAGAUGCCACCUCUCAUCUCCAGGAUCAAUCGUACACGGCACAGCAGCAACAGCAAUCGGCUCAACAUCAACAGCAGCAGCUGAAGUGGCCGCAGGUGGUGGAGCUGAAGGACUUCAAUGAAUUCUACCACGCCAACAUACCACCAUACCAAUUCUGGAACCUCGAAUUUCGCAAUAAGCACCCAGCCUUCAUUCGUUUCAAUUUCACGCUGCCGUGGGGCGCUAGUUUUGCGGUCUAUUCGCGCCGCAAUGUGGCACCCUCAGUGACGCAACACGAUUUUGUUGAGUUCAUCAAAGGUGGACGGCUGGACAGUCACUUGCGGCACAAACGCGCCGCGCAAUGGCGUAACGAAAGUGGCCAGAGCUUCAAGGAUUUCGACACUGAUAUGGAAUGGCGGGAUGACAGUGCUGAUGCUGGAGGCGAGGACGAUGACAAUAAGCUGCAACGCACAUCACAAGAAUCGAAUGUUGGAGUGCGCCGCUUACCCGGAUUUUAUGUAGACGAUUCGCUGGAUGAGGCAGAUGACGAUUCAAUGGCUGCGGCAGAAAGUGAUGACUACGAUGAUGGCCAAUACGAUAUCGAGACGCCACUGGAUACAGCCAAGCAUUAUGCGCAACGACUUAUGACAGCCCAACACAGGUUAUUCAAGCGCUCAGCCAUGGGCGUAGCGGGCGCUGGCGGCAUGGCCGAUGGCAUGGGUGGGUUGCCAGCGCUGGACCUGGACACAAUGAUGGUGAAUGUAUCUCUGCUGCAGUACCUGGACACGGGUUUGUGGUUCAUCUCCGUUUACAAUGACGAAUUGGUUGCGCACUCGGUGACGCUGGUGGUCGAGGAGGCGGAGGGAGUUAGCACAACCUGCCCUAACGACUGCUCGGGACGUGGCAGCUGCUACCUUGGCAAGUGUGACUGCAUCGAUGGCUACCAGGGCACGGAUUGCUCGAAAAGUGUAUGCCCAGUGCUCUGCUCCGCUCAUGGUCAUUAUGGAGGUGGUAUUUGCCACUGCGAGGAGGGAUGGAAAGGAUCCGAGUGUGACAUACCCAUCGGCGAGUGCGAGGUACCGAACUGCUCGAACCACGGACGUUGCAUAGAAGGCGAAUGCCACUGCGAACGGGGCUGGAAGGGGCCAUUCUGCGAUCAACAUGAUUGCCUUGAUCCCUUGUGCUCCGGUCACGGCACUUGCGUGGCCGGGCAGUGCUAUUGUAAGGCCGGCUGGCAAGGCGAGGACUGCGGCACCAUCGAUCAGCAAGUGUAUCAGUGUCUGCCCGGUUGCUCCGAGCAUGGCACGUACGAUCUGGAAACGGGUCAGUGUGUGUGUGAACGUCAUUGGACCGGACCGGAUUGCUCGCAAGCUGUUUGCAGUUUGGACUGCGGCCCGAACGGCGUUUGCGAGUCGAGCAAAUGUCGCUGUAAUCCCGGCUGGACUGGUAAUCUCUGCGAUCAGCUGCCUUGUGACGCCAGAUGCUCGGAGCACGGACAAUGCAAAAAUGGAACCUGUGUCUGCUCUCAAGGCUGGAAUGGACGCCAUUGCACGCUGCCGGGUUGUGAGAAUGGCUGCUCUCGACAUGGCCAAUGUACGCUGGAAAAUGGCGAAUAUCGCUGCGAUUGCAUUGAAGGAUGGGCUGGAUCUGAUUGCUCGAUUGCGCUGGAAAUGAACUGCAAGGAUAACAUCGAUAAUGACGGCGACGGUAUGACUGAUUGCUCGGACAGCGAAUGUUGCUCGCAUCCUGCUUGUGCGGAACACAUCAUGUGCCUGUCCUCCAACGAUCCAGUGGAGGUGCUCCUGCGCAAGCAGCCACCCUCGGUGACCGCAUCCUUCUACCAACGUGUCAAGUUUCUGAUUGAAGAGAACUCGGUGCAGUCGUACGCACACAUGGACGAGUACAGCGAAAAUCUCUUCUGGAGCUCAUUCACGCCUUGCCGGGUGUCGGUAAUGCGUGGCCAGGUCAUCACGCCGCAGGGAUUGGGCAUCGUCGGCAUUCGGGUCUCAGUGGAUCGGGACUCGCGCUUCGGAUUCACGUUGACGCGGCAAGGCGGAUGGUUCGAUGUGCUCGUUAACGGUGGUGGGGCAGUGACGUUGCAAUUCCAGCGCUCACCCUUCAGGCCACUCACGCGCACCGUCUUUGUGCCAUGGAAUCGUAUUGUGGUACUGCCCCCCGUGCAGAUGCAAUUGAGCGACGACGAUGAAAGCAAUGGCCGCAGCAUAAAAGUGGCUCCCAUGAAUCCGGCGCUCACCUUCCUCAACUCUAUACUCUACCACUUCGCCGAUGAGCAAGUGGAUGUAAGCAAAAUAUGCGUGGAGCAUGACCACGAGGAGCUGAAACCCCAAUUAAUUAGUACUUGGAUGCCGAACGGCGUGGGCGCCAUGCCCGGCAAGCGCGUCAUAUUUGCCGAGACACAGAUCGUACAAGAGUCCAUACAGAUACCCGGCUCGGAUUUGCAUCUUACGUAUCAGUCGUCGCAAGCAUCUGGCUACUUGAGCAUCGUACGCAUGCGGCUAACCGCCGAAAAAAUACCAAAGACUCUAACUCAUGUUCAUGUGGGCGUUGAAAUUGAGGGUGCACUUCAUGUGAAGACGUACGAGGCCGAUCCGAACCUGAUACACACGUUCGCCUGGAACAAACGCAAUGUCUAUCGCCAAAAGGUGUACGGCGUUACAAUCGCCCGCAUCUCGGUCGGCUAUCAACACUCGACUUGCAAAAUGCCAGUUUGGAUUACGCAGACCGCCAAGCUACAGGGUUAUGAUGUCGAUAUUUCUGAUAUCGGUGGUUGGGGUCUGGAUAUUCACCACCACUACAACUUCCACGAAGGCAUACUGCAGAAAGGCGAUGGCAGCACACUCCACAUGAAGGAGUACCCGCGCACAGUAAAAGUAGUGAUGGGCACCGGCUUGCAGCGUCCGCUCAACUGCCCAGACCACUGCAACGGUAUCGCCAAAGAUGCCAAACUACUCACGCCCAUUGCAUUGGCAUCCGGCCCAGAUGGAAGCCUUUAUGUGGGUGACUUCAAUUUGGUGCGACGCAUCACGCCCGAUGGCAAAGUCUACACCAUAUUGCAACUGAGUGCCACACAAGUUUCCUAUCAGUAUUACCUCGCUGUUUCGCCCGCAGAUGGCCACCUUUACAUAUCCGAUCCAGAGCGGCAUCAAAUUCUAAGACUGCUGCGCUUGGAAAAAGUGAAAGAUCCCAGCAUCAACAGCGAGCCGAUUGUGGGCAGCGGUCAGCGUUGCAUACCCGGAGAUGAAGGCAACUGUGGUGAUGGUGGCCCUGCAUUGCAAGCUCGACUUUCGCAUCCUAAAGGGCUAGCCAUUGCGGCUGAUCGCACCAUGUACAUUGCGGACGGCACUAACAUCCGAGCGGUUGAUCCCAAGGGAAUCAUACACACACUGAUUGGACAUCAUGGGCACCACAACCAUUGGAGUCCAGCACCGUGCUCCGGUACGUUAAUGGCAAAUCAAGCGCAACUACAGUGGCCAACGGGCUUGGCGCUGAGUCCACUAGAUGGUUCGCUGCACUUUAUCGACGAUCGGCUGGUGCUGCGCCUAACGUCCGACAUGAAGAUACGCGUUGUGGCUGGUACGCCUCUGCAUUGCAACAACAAUGGGCAGGAUAAAUCCAACAAGACAUCGGAAAAUGUACUGGGUACAGUGCUUGCAAUGGCCUUCUCACCGUUUGGGGAUCUGUACAUCGCCGAUAGUGACUCACGACGGGUGAACUCGAUACGUGUGGUGGACACGGCGGGAAGUAUGCGUUACUUUGCCGGAAAGCAAGAAGGUUUGGGUUCACUAACCUGCGAUUGCUCCAAUGGCAACACUGUCAACAGUUCAACAUCCAGUCUGGCCUCGGCGCUUUCAUCAACAGGCAACGGUGUCGCUAGCAGUGCAUACUCAACUACUAUGAAUCCGAAACGCACCACUACACCAACAACACCAGCUGGAAGUAACGGGCGCGGCAACAGCAAUGGAGGAAACGGAAAUGGCGCUGUCUCUGCUAGUAAUGGAGCGUCCAAUGGUGGUGUGGGAGUGGGUGCACCUUGCAUUUGCAGUGGCGGUGGUGUCGGUGUCACGGUCGGCGUUCCCAGCGGGCUGGCAGGCAUUGUAGCCGGUGGUAAUUUAAUGUCAACUGGACCAACGACAACCACAACAAUAUUGCUAGGCGCCAAAGCAACAGCUGCAGCGAAUGGCAUGGGCGGCGCCAUGAAUGAUGAUGGCACUUUAAGCAACGCGGAGACCCUGUUAUCGUCGAAUGCUCGCUUCCAGGCGAUUUCGGCAAUUUCGGUGGCGCAGGACGGUGUCAUUAAUGUGGCGGACCAAGGCUCACUUCAUGUGCUUGCGCUUGAGCAUUACCUUCCAUCGCAUGACGAGAAUGGCGAGUUCCACAUCCCAUACCCGCCAUCGAGCGAAAUCUAUGUAUUCAACCGUUACGGUCAACAUGUUGCCACCAAGGAUCUCACGUCGGGCAAGACACGCUACAGCUUCCUGUAUUCCAAGAAUACCUCCUUUGGUCGACUUUCUACGGUCACCGAUGCAUCAGGCAACAAGAUUCAGUUCCUACGGGAUUACAGUAACGUAGUCAGCUCCAUUGAAAAUACGCAGGAUCACAAAUCUGAGAUACAAAUAAACGGCAUUGGUAUUAUGACCAAACUGAGCGAGAAGGGUCGUCAGGAGAUCGAACUGGAUUAUGACAGUAACACAGGGCUGCUCAUGUCGCGCUCAUCCGGCGGCGAAACUUACAUCUAUCAAUAUGAUGAGUUCGGUCGUGUUACUGGUACCAUCCUGCCAAGUGGUGAGAUCGUUCGUAUCACUUCCCAGCUUGCUGACAACAAAGGUCUUACAGUGUACGUGCACGCGUCCGUCGAGUCACUCUUCUCACGUGAACGCGGUGAAACAAAUGAGCUGCUUGUGUUGGGUGGUGUACGUUCUACCUUCAUGAAAAAGGGUGGGGAGAAUGCGGACGCGGAAAUCAAGCCGAAUAACACACUUGUGAUUCAUAGUGCCAAUGGCGUAGUUGUUGAAUCAUCGGCUGUUGCCAGACAUCCCUUGCUCGAGGCGGCCUUACCAGUCGAAGCCGAAAUGCUGGCAAUGUGGUCGCACCAAAGCGUUACUAUGGGCGAGGGCCUGACCAACAACAUGUAUUCUGUGUACAACUUAGUUGGAGAUGUGCGCAAUCCCCAGCAGACACUCAACCGAGAGAUUUGGGUAAACCAAUCGCGUGUCAUUGGCAUAGAAUACGACCAGUUUACAAAUCGUGAGACGUUCUACGACAUGAACCGAACUCCAAUACUUAUUGUGGCAUACGAUCAGUCUGGUUUGCCAAAGUCAUAUUAUCCGACGAAUGGGUACCCUGUGAACAUUACCUAUGAUCGCUUUAAUCGCGUCGAAGGAUGGGCUUGGGGUCCAGCUGAGCUCAAGUACUCAUAUGAUCGGCAUGGUCUGCUCUCGGAAAUCACCUCACAGCAAGACGGCAUCAUAUCAUUCGUCUACAACGAUUGGAAUUUGGUGUCGGAGAUCGGUUUGGCAAGUCAGCGGAAGUUUGUGCUUCAAUACGAUGACUCCGGCGGCCUGCGACACGUGUUGAUGCCAUCUGGCACAAAGCACUCCUUCAGCAUGCAGACUUCCAUUGGCUUCAUCCGAUGCACGUAUACGCCACCAGGUAGCACACGAGCCUACUUGCAACAUUAUAGCCACUCUGGUGCAUUGCUGCAGACCAUAUUCCCUGGAGAUGGUGCGCGCAUUGUUUACCGCUACAACUCAGGCGGGCAACUGGCGGAAAUCGUCCAUGGAGAUGGCAAAAGUGAGUUCCUCUACAAUGACGCGACUGGUAUGCCCAGCACUGUCUCGCAUACCGAACGUGAACUGGAGUAUCGCUGGGACUUUGAGUACACAGGCGGUUUGCUGAGUGAGGAACGCAUCGAUUAUGUAGCGAAGACCGGAUUGAGCAACGCUAAAUUCACCUACGAGUAUGACACAGAUUUCCGUGUCAUCUCGAUUCAAGGACGAAUUGGUGGCCAGAAUUUGCCUUCACAGAAUUUCGCUUACAACCAACGUACAGGCCAGCCAAGCCUCAUUGGGCAGUUUAAGAUCAUGCAUCCGAUGCUAAAUCAAACUCAAGUUUACGAUGGCACAGCCACUUUCACGCGCACUGUCGACGGUCGCUUCAUGACGCAGAAAGUGACGCUGUCUAUACAUCGUCUGGAGGUGUUCCGCAUGGAGUUUUCGUUCGGCAUGCAUGGACGCAUCACACAGACUCGGACCUACACACGCAACAUGGCCGUGAAUACAUACACCAAUGUUAAAAACUACACUUGGGAUUGCGAUGGACAGCUUAUUGGUGUUGAAGCUCAGGAACCAUGGGGUUUCCGCUACGACGACAAUGGAAAUCUACUUUCACUGACAUACCGCGGCAAUACCAUUCCUAUGGAGUACAAUACCCAGGAUCGCAUAGUUAAGUUCGGAGAAGGUCAAUACAAAUAUGACAUUCGUGGACUUGUAGCUCAAAAUGCGCGAGAAGAGCGUUUCCACUACAACACGCAAGGCCUAUUGGUCCGAGCUACUAAGCGUGGGCGGUUUGAUGUGCGAUAUUAUUAUGACCAUAUGAAACGUCUUACUACCAGAAAAGAUAACUUCGGCAACGUAACACAGUUCUUCUACACUAAUCAACAGCGGCCCUACGAAGUGUCGCAAAUAUACUCGCCACGCGAUGGGAAACUAAUGUCACUUACCUAUGAUGAUGUGGGGCAUCUCAUCUAUGCACAAGUGUACCGUCAUAAAUACUAUGUUGCCACCGAUCAAAGCGGCACACCGAUCAUGAUUUUCAAUCAGUACGGCGAGGAUAUACGGGAGAUUAUGCGAUCACCCUUCGGCCACAUUGUUUACGACUCGAACCCUUACCUGUUCCUGCCGAUCGACUUCUGUGGUGGCAUAUUGGAUCCCGUGACAGCUCUUGUGCACAUGGGCGAUGGCAAAGUCUACGAUCCACUUAUCGGCCAAUGGAUGUCACCCAACUGGGAACACGUGUCCGAGCGCAUCAUAACACCAACGAAAAUGCAUCUGUACCGAUUCAAUGGCAAUGACCCCAUAAAUGUUGAUCACGAUCGUAAUUAUCCAGCCGAGUUCUCUUCUUGGAUGAAGACACUUGGCUUUAGUGUAAAGAAUUUGAUACCACAACUUACUCGCAACCUAUGGGAACAACCUUCAUUAUGGGGUCGAGCGCCUCAUAACCCAAUUGCACUAAACAUGAAACGUCCUAUAGACAAUAUUCCAACUAUGGCGGUGGAGAGUGGUUUCUUAGCUCACCUUAAUGUACGGCGAAUGUCCAACUUCGAGGACCUCUCAGCUCCGCCGAAAUCCGCACUCAAGUUUGACGUCAUGAAUCCAACUCCACGCAACAUAGGCUCGGAUACUGAACCACCCUUCGGUAAAGGUAUCGUCGUAUCCAGAACCAAUGACGGUCAGGCAAUCGUAUCAAGUGUUCCUGCAGCAAACGCCAUCUACCGGGAUGUUUACACAUCUGUCUUUAAUCGAUCUAAGCUGCUGCCAUUCACAUUCGUUGUACACAACGCCCAGCAGGACUCGUUCUUCUUUGUCAAAGAAGAAGCGUGGCGAGCCAGUGAAGACCGACAGCAACUAAAACGGCUCCAAGGCCAGGUCAAUACCACAUUCCACGAGAAUUCUCGUGAAAAUGGUAGUGGCAACAAUUAUUUAGACGUAAAAAUCCACGGAGCUCACGCCAUAAUCAAUCUACGAUAUGGCACCACAGUGGAAAAAGAGAAACAGCGCCUAAUGCAUCAUGCCAAACUGACGGCUGUGCGCAAGGCGUGGCAUCGCGAAAAGGAAGCGCUACGCAAUGGCCUCACCACGACCAUAGAAUGGAAUCAACAGGAAAUCGACGAGAUUCUGAAGCAAAGCUAUGCGAACAACUACGAAGGCGAAUACAUACACGACGUGGCACUAUACCCAGAGCUGGCCGAAGAUCCCUACAAUAUCAAGUUUGUAAAGAAGAAAGGAGCGACGGGCGGUGCAGUCAGUGCAGUCGGUGUGGCGAAUGCGCGAAAGCGCCGAAGAAGAGAUGUGCAACUAAAUAAGGCUGACGAAAAGGUGCUGAAAGAAGCGACAGCCUCUGGAAAGGCGGCGACGAAGGAUUCGCUGAGGAUCCUCGAUAAGCGACAGCUACUGUUGAAAAAACUGCGCACGGACGUUGACUGCCUGCAUAGCAGCAGCAACAACAACGGCGAGUGUUAGCUACAGGGAUACAACAGGGGGGGAUAAAGCAGACCAUUAGCAUAUGGGUAGGAGAAACAGAAAAUGAAUUUGUGUUAAUUUCAAAUUGAAAAAAAAAACAUAUUAGAAAAUAAUCAUUAAUUAAAAACUAGAUUAGCCAUUGAAUAUAAAAAAUAAGACGGAAUAAAUUGACUCAGUGAGAGAGCAGAUGCAAAGUGAGAAAAACCGAUAUACUGAUAAGAGCGAUAUUAUCAUUUUGAUGGCCCUCGCCAUCAUUAAACUAAGGAUAUGAGCCGAACGAAUAAAAAAGGAAAAAGUAAAACAGAUACGUAGAUUAAUAGAUGGAAGAGUCCGUCAUAUAUUUACAAGAAAAGCAGAUUACGAUAGUGAAAAUAGAAACAAAAUACCAUAACAAAUGCAAAAAACUAAAUAUGUUUUGUAUGUGUACAGUAGUGAAUAAAUCAAUAUUAGUUGCGUAAGUAUGUAAUUAUGCUAUAAGAUAAUUUAUGUCAUACCAUUUAAGAGACAACAAACAUAAACACAUACAAAUGUACAAUAAUAGCAAAAGGGGAAAUCAAAAGUUCACACCAAUUCAAAUGUAAACCAAAACAACAACAAAACUCAAUGCAAUUAAAUUAUCAAGCGCAGUCGGGAGCUGUGGCGCCCGAGCCAGCAGUAGCCGAACGGCCAAAUGUAAAAAAACAAAUAGCGGCUUUCUGGGGUACUCGAGCUUUUAGAGACUGGUCUAGAUUUUACAAGUAGAUACGCGAACGCACAGCAAACCGUUACAGACGAAUUCAGAUACACACACACGCACGCCGGUAGGUCGCCCUGUAGUUGCGAUGCGGUGAAAUCAAAUAGAACCAGAGAAAUGAGGAGAAAAAUGUGCAAGUGGAAAAAGGGCGGAGAGUGAGAGGGUGAGCGGACAUAUAAAGAGCGGGAGAUAGAGAGAAAGGGAAAGAGAGGGAGAGAGAGAGACAGGGAGAUUGGAAGCGAUCAAUUGUAAAAUGGUUCAAGUCUUUUAAUAUAUUUAUUAAUAUUUACAUUGCGUAGUUAAAAAUUGUUAAAUCCAAAUGAUUUGUAAAGUAAAAUAAGACGGAAAAGAUUAGUAAGUUGAGAUUAAUUAGAAUGCUGCAUAUGCUAUUUACGUAAAAUAUUCCUUCAAGAUAUAAGGGCUGAGUAAAGAUGUCUAAAGUAAAAAAGAAUUUAUUACAUAUAAUUAAAGAAUUUUACAUAUAAUCGAGAAAAUUUUUAGAAGCAACUAAACCGUAAUGCAUUUUUAAGAGAGCUACAGGUUGCCGCUUUCUUCAAUUUUACUCCGCCUGCCGUUUUGUUAUAAAUUAUUAGUUAUUUUUUUAAGUAUUUUAAAAAGUUAACACUAAAACAUGUGCGAUAAAUAACGAUAAAUAAAAAAAAUACGAAACCAAUAAAACAGUAUUACAAAAUAGAGCACUUUUUCAUUUAAAAAAUAUGUUUAUAUGAUUUUUCUAUUCAAUUUAUAUAAUAUUUGCCAAUUAAACAAGGAUUGGGGAAAAUUAAUUUUAUUGCUUUUUUAUUUGCUUUUCAGUUUCAGUUUCUAACGUUUCUUUGCCGUUUUUUGAAGUUCUCACCUUUCGAAAGGAUAGUUUCAAAUGUUGACAGAGUUGGCAAUUAACUUCCGUCCAUGUUUGUGCAAAGAAACCCCCGCAAAUGAAUACAAGUCGAAAACACUGCACAAUUUGGCAAAAACUCUGCGCCAAUCAAAUAAAAAAAUUGUAUAAUUUUUUGGCAAGUUCACUCUAAAAAUUUUUGUAUUUAUUUUCGAAAUUGCGCGGUUCGCUUUUCUUAUUCUUUAAACAUUUUUUUCAUUUCAUUUUCUUCAAAGAAAUUCGCAUGGCUUAUAAAAACAGUCCAAUGAAUUUUUAUUCUAUAGAUCAAAACUACAAACUGAAAAACAAAAACAAAAAAGGAAGUUAAAAGAGAAGAGAAGAACUUCCGAAGGUAAAAAUUGCUGAAUUAGUUGGGAGAAUGAACUAUUAAGUUACUGUUUUCCUACUCAAGAACUCCGUGAGAAAUUGUUGCCAAAUACACUGAAUACACACACACGCACACUUGCAAAAAUUCAAAAAAAAUAGCACUUACGAGAACUCGCACAGCAAACCGAAAUUACAAAACUGCGCCGAUGUAGAAAAAAAUGUACAGCCAAAGGCGAAAAUGUAAGUAAUUAAGGGAACCCAAGGCAGCAAAAGAAGCUCAUAAAAAUUAGAAAUAGUGAAAAAAGCUAACCAAAAUCAAACAAUACAAACAAUUGUUGCAUGUAUGUAUGUAUUACCUAUAUAUGUAUGUAUAGAUGUGUAGCCAGGCAUACCACAAAAACUGAGUAAGCCAACAAAAGUUAGCAAAACCAGAUAAACUAAGUAACAACCCCCGUUAAGACGGUUGCCGCCGCUGAUGCUGGGGUUGAUGGCAUCCUUACAUGUCCUGCACAUACACAUAGAAAAUAUUAUUAAUAGCGCGAUGUGUAUUUUGUGUAUAGUGAAUAGUUGAUAAAUACGAUAUGCAUGAACAGUAAAAUAUCACAAAUACAACAAGAACAACUACAACAACAAUAAAAGCACGCCAAGUCUCUCCUAUUUAAAAUAAUGAAACCAAUAAAAUUCACCAAAAUAAAACUUAAGUAAAAGUCUGCAUGAGUGUGAAAGGCUGCGUGUGUGUGAAAGGCUACAUGUGUGUGUGAAUGUCAAAGCGUAUUGACGGCAAAUUUUAGGAUAUACGAGUACACGCCGAGGUGGCAGGUUUGCUCGUCAUUAGCUGCCGAUUUUGUAAUCACCGUUUUUGGUCGCUGCUUCUAUGAUUUGCUACGUAUUUGUAUGUAUGCGGCUUCUUCCCUAUAUUCGUCACUUGAAUUAAAAAAUCCGUGCUUCAGCAAAAUGAGGUGAUGCCAUCAGAACGGUGAUUGUUGUAAUCUAAGUGAAGUUUUACUUGCUUACACUUCGAAAAAAAUGCCAAUUUAAUGUAUUUGCCUAUUACUUACUUUUAAUUUACUAUUAGGAGUCACCUUUCAAUCUCAAAUUCUUAGCAUCGUUGGUUCAGUCGUCGCUCUCUUUUAAACGACUCUUCGAAAUUCGCACUGGCAUAAUUGACAUCUUUUAUAUUCUCAAAACUUAUUACCGCAGAGAACGAAUGAGCUGGGCAAAUUAUUAUAGAACCGACUUCACUUGCAGCGAACGGCAUUUCGGCGAGGCAAAUGAUAAAUUAUAAAAAAAAUAUUCUGAGAAAAGUAAGAAUGCAGCUGCGCGAAAAUACAUAGGAACUUAAAAUAGUGCCCGAAAGGCAGUUAAAGAAACUUCAAAUGCGUUCCCCUUUCAAUACUUUUAACUCUUUGACCAGGGAAAAGUUGCCGCAAAAGUGAGGUUAAGUUACUGGCAUCACCUUUUUUUCAUUUUACCCAGCAUCAAUAAAUCCACACGUUGUAGGAAUAUUAAAAACUGUGCUUAGCUGUUAAAAUCAAUUUACACCCUCGCUGCUAAAAUUUGUUUAUCCACUUUUCUGGUGGUGCAUUUUGCAUGAUUUUCCUAAUAUUUUAAUAAUAUCCUGCAUAGGCAUUAGCUAAGUCCCAAUUAUCCUAUUUAUACUGUAAUUAAUGUGAUAUAAAAUUACAAAAAACCAAACAACUUUUUUCACAACUCGUUGCGUAACUGCUUCUAGCAAUAUGUGUAUGUAUAUGUAAAUAUAUGAGCGCUUAAACAUUUAUUUAAUAUUUUUUGUUAAUUUUUUGUGUUGAGCAAACACAAAAAAAUUGUAAUCUAAUUAUUUUAUUAUUAAUAAAUUGCCAAUAUUUGCUAAUUGCGCCAAUCGGGCAAUGUUUUUGGGAAAAUGCGAUUAGCAGUCGAGUGUUUGAGCCUGUUAUUAAAAUUUAGUGCCACGCUGGAGAGGGCAACACAGCCAGAAACCAUUGCACUCGCACGCGUUCGUGUAUGGGCUUAAGAAAAAACACACACGCAGACACGUAUGUUGGACUAUUCCCGCAGCGCCGAUGCGACAGCGAUGUUUGCUUAAAACCCAGCAAAAUUGGCAAGGCUAUGUAAAUAAGUAGGACGUAUUUGAAUUUACACAAAAAGGCUUAGAAUUAAUUAUGAAUAUUAAUUAUAUUUGAGCAUAAUUUUUAGAUACACACAUACAUAUGUACAUAAAUAUAUAUACACGCAUAGCCACUUAUAUAAGUACCAUAAUUAGGUCUACAUGCAUACUACUUACAUAUAUACAUAUAUAUAUAUUUAGGAAGAAUUGUUGUUUUAUCCUUUUUCCUCGUUUUUACAAUUCGAUAAUAAUUGGCAACCCGAUCCAAUAAUUGAAAGAGCAGGAGUCAGUUACCUAUAAAUUUAACAAAAAACUGAAGACAAAAAACCAAAGAAACCAAAAAACAACAAAAAAGUAUUAGCUACCUACACACAUACUACGAUAUGUGUGCAUGUAUGUGUGCUCACUUAUAGAACGACAGGGAAAAGGGACUUUCCGUAACAGCAACACAAACAACAACAGCAAAAUGUAGAACACCAAGCUCGCCAUUGAAAGCAAUAAAAAAGAACAAAGAAACAAAAACAAAAAACAAAACAAAAUGUUAUAAUAAAUGCCACUCAAAACGGCAAAUAGAGUAAAUGAAAACCGAAAUAAAUUUGUAAAAAGCAGAGAAAUCGCACGGCAGUUCAUUCAAGGCGAGUGCUUUAAAGUGACACAAGCGUCAAAUGAUAAAUUUGGCAUUCCUGACAGACCAACAACACUUUAGCUUAAUACAUAAUCAAACUUAAUGCAGUUAUAUUCGAUACAAAAUGGUGCGCAUCCAAACUGUAAAUAUCUGAUGAGAGGGAAAUGCAUUUACGCCAUCACUCCUUCAUACAUAUUGUACUUACGUAUGUGUGUAUGUAUAUGUAGGGUUAGUAGCAUUAAAUAUUCAAAUAAAAAUAAAAAUAAAAAUAAAAAUAAAUGAAAAAUAAAAGCAGAAAUAAAAGCAGAAAAACGCAAUGCAGAAAUACAAAACUAAGCAUUUAGACUAACUAGUUAAAAACCAGUUACAAACUAAAUGGAGAAAAUAUGAAACAGGGAAUCAAUUCAAAAUAUUCUACUUGUAUUUAAAUGUUGUAUGUAUGUACACCGAAAAUUCGGCUCCGUGUGGGCGCUGCGCAGCAAAUUCUUUUAGCGGUAAGUGACUGAACAUAAGCGUAGGAAAUUCAAGAAAACAAAAUGUAGGUAUAACUAACUAAAAAAGAUAGCAACAACAAGAAUUUAUAAGAAACAAAUAUAAGCAAAAGAUAAGUGUGCGAUAUUGUCAAAAAAUAAAAAAAAUAAAAUAUAUGAAAUGUAAGAACUAAAAUUAAAUAGAAAAGAAAGAAAAAGAAGCUUAUUAAUAUUGAGGAGGAUGAGAAGCGGAAUAAUGAUAUUUAAAAGUAUUUAUA